AUGAAUAAUAGCUGCAAAGAAACUCCAUCGAUUGGCAAGAAACUUGAACUGGUGUCUCCAUUACAUGGCACAUCAACGAUCGUCGUUGGUCAUCCCGUUCUAUCAACAACAUCCAUCGGUCAUCCGAAAGGGUGCACUUUGAGCAAAAACAAAUCAUCAUGGAUGCAAAGAAACUGUUGCACCUCCCUAGCUAUGAUCGAAUUAUGGGACCGUCUCUUUGAUGAAGCUUAUAGAGCAGAUGUUAAGAUUCAUACAGAUAAUGGCACCAUCAUCUAUGCACAUGCUAGUAUUCUUGGUUUUGCCUCACCUGUUUUUAGAAGUAUGUUUAAGAAAUCAAGAAGCAGAGGUAUAAUCUCAAUUCCUAUUCGUGGGGUUCCAGCAGAGGCUGUUCGUAUCUUCAUCCGAUUCUUGUACACUUCAUGCUAUGAACAAGCACAAGUGGAGGAGCAUGUAUUGUCACUCUUGGUGCUUUCACAUGCUUUUGCGGUACCAAAGUUGAAACGAGAGUGCGAAUACCAACUCGAACACCUAUUGCUGAAUGUGGACAACGUAGUCGACGUAUUUCAGCUUGCAUUGCUGUGUGAUGCUCCUCGGCUUAGUAUCAUUUGUCAUCGGUUUAUGCUAAGGAGCUUUAACGCAGUAUCUUCCUCUGCGGGUUGGAAGGCCAUGCGAGAAAGUCAUCCAGCUCUCGAGAAAGAACUUCUGGAAUCCGUUAGGGAAGAAGACCGAAGACAAAAAGAGAAGAUGAGAAAGAGGGAAGAGAGGAAGAUUUAUGCAGAACUAUAUGAAGCAAUGGAAGCCCUUGUUGAGAUAUGUCGAGAUAAGGUACAGAAAGAGGAUCAAAAGGCUUGCAAAUAUGAGGGUUGCAGAGGGCUUGAAUCCCUUGUUCGCCAUUUUUACGGAUGCAAGUUGAGAGUGUCGGGUGGAUGUCCUCAUUGCAAAAGAAUGUGGCAGCUUUUGGAGCUGCAUGCUCGUCUGUGUGCCAAUUCCAAUGCUUGUAGGGUUCCUCUAUGCAGGAGGUUUAAGCAGAAGAUUGCAAAAGCAAACAAGAAGAAGAGAAAGAAGAAGGAUGAGACGAAGUGGAACAUAUUGGCGAGAAAGGUGUUGAGAUCCAAGAGCAUCACCGGAGCUCCAUAUUUCAGGUUGGCACUAUCAUGA